AUGUUUCUGACUAGGACGAGACAGCAAACCGCAAGUGUCGUUGGGUUUGCGUCCCGCGUCACAAGACCUCAGCUGCGUGCAAGACAUCCCAGGAGAUACUAUUCUCAAAACCCCCAGCAAGAUGCCGGAAACGCUUCGUCUUCCUCGCGAUGGAUCGGCCCUGCCCUGAUUCUGGUGGGAACAUUUACUGCGGCCUCUGCGGUAUACGCAUAUAGGGAAAGAAAGACCGAUCGUGUUCCGGUUGUUGAGCCGCCGACAGAUAUUACGUUUGAGCAAUCGAGGACGAACAGCGCGUUGUCAGAGGAGGAGAAUCGUGAGCUUCUAAGCUACCAGCAUGUCCAAGUCAAGAAGGCAUUGGAUAACCCUGGCGUUUAUGCCUGGGGCUCGAAUAGCCAUCGUGUCGUGGAUCCCGACUCUAAUGAACCGGUAGUAAAGACGCCCCAACGCAUACGUUACUUUGACGGCAUGCUGCUCAGGGACCUCAAGCUUGAUGAGACCUCAGGAGCUGCUAUAACGGAGAACGGUGAUUUGAUCCAGUGGGGGAAGGGCUAUUCAGAGACUGAAUUCAAGCCUACCAAAACUUUAACUGGCAAAGACCUAGUCUCGAUAUCCAUGUCCCGAGACAGGAUCAUAGCGCUGUCCUCUGGUGGAAAUGUGUAUUCUUUGCCCAUCUCAAAAUCAUAUCAAGAGUCGGGACCGAAACCGCGAGAGAGCUCUUGGCUUCCCUUCUGGUCUUCCAGGUCUCGCUUGAGCUACAGACUCCUUACGCCGCAGCUGGGUCUAGGGGAAAAGGUUACGUCUAUCAGUGGUGGCCUGGAGCAUGUGCUGCUGUUGACGAACGCUGGUCGCGUUUUCUCUGCAGCCGCAGCUACUGAACACUAUCCCUCUAAAGGCCAACUGGGCAUCCCUGGACUGACCUGGACGACCCGUCCGCACGGACCUGUGGACAGCUGUCAUGAGAUAAAAUUACCUCGAGGAUCUAAGAUCGUGCAGACUGCUAGCGGCGAUUUUCAUUCUCUGCUGCUAGACAAAGAUGGCCGCAUAUUCGUGUUUGGAGACAACUCCUUUGGACAGCUGGGGCUUGAUUUCGAUCCGGCAUCGCCAUUCAAUGAUACCCCGACUCUUCUGCCCUUGCAGCGCCUGUAUUCCGGCAAGAACUGGCUUGCUAAAGUGACAGGCAUAGCUGCAGGUGGCGCUACCAGUUUCGUGACCGUGGAUGCUCAGCGAGUUAACACGUCUGAAGAUCAACCAUCAGCAGCACAAAACUUGGGUCCUCUCACAGCGGAUACAUGGGCAUUUGGUAAAGGCAUAUAUGGCACUCUUGGUACUGGGAGGUGGACCCACAUACAGGACAGUCCUACAAAGGUGAAGGCCCUUAGUGGUCUGUGUGAAUACGACGAAAAGACUAAGAAAGUCAAACCCAUUCGCCUGAACCAGAUAUCCGUUGGCUCAACCCACGCGGCGGCUGUCCUGGGUAACAAUACACACCUGACUGCCUCGGAGAAAACUUCUCUCACAGAUACAAACUGGGCCAAAGACGCCCUCUGGUGGGGAGGCAAUGAGUUCUUCCAAGUUGGCACUGGCAAGAGAAACAAUACUCCGACUCCCACUCAUAUAAGCGCCCCCGCAGACAUCGGAAAGACGAGUGACGACAGAGAGACUCGCUUCCAAAUUAUCCCUCGCUACCAAGGCAGGGUGGGAAAUCGAAAAGUGACCAUGGAGCAACGUAUCACGUGUGGACGACACGUGUCUGCUGUAUUUUCAGCAGUGUAA